AUGGUUUUUAUUUGUAAUUAUAAAUCAAUAUCAAAAAAAGACAUUUUUUUAAUAAAUUGUUUCACUAUUUUUAUCAUUAUUUCAUUCAUAAUCGGUUUUCGUAUAAAUAUAUCACCUGACAUAAGAGCUCAAUUUAUUCAAACUUCAUCUAUAUUCAAGUUUGCUGAACAAAAUCUAAAUCAUUCUCAAACGAAUAUAACUACAAAUGUUUCUCAUCAAUCAAUUGAAAGUUUUAUCUGUAAUAAAACAAAUAUUAGUCGAUUUCCAGUAUCAUCAACAACACCAACAAAAGAUUCAUUUGAUAUAUAUCGAAAAAUUUCUUUAGAAAAAUAUUGUAAUAAACUACCUAUUCCACAAGAUAAAUGGUUAAAUUCCCAAACAUAUACUGAAAAUGAUAUUAUAUUUAUUAUUUUGACAUCAUCAGAAUAUUAUCAUACACGAGCAACAAUCAUACGUGAUACAUGGCUUUCACGUAUAACAAAUUAUUAUUUUCUUAGUACAACUUCUUAUCCUUAUUUACCUAUAACGAUUAUUUCUGAUCUUAAUGAAAAUAAAUUAUCAAAUAUGAAAAAAUUAUUUUAUGGUCUUCAAAUAAUUUAUCAACAACAAAUGAAUAUUUCUAUAAAUCAACGACAAAAAUGGUUUUAUAUAACUAAUUGUGAUACAUUUAUUAUUCCUCAUUAUUUACUUAAACAUCUUAAUGAUUUAGAUUAUACAAAACCUAUUCUAUUAGAUGAUCAUUUAGAUCGAUAUUCAUGUCCAACAAAAAAUCAUCGAACAUUUACUAUUGAAUCUUCAUCAGAUGAUACUGGAAUUUUUCUUAGUAUGAAAUUACUUGAAAUAAUGCAACCACAUCUAAUAAAUUAUAUUGAAAAUAUUUGGCCAAAUACAUCUGAAUUAUUUGAUGUUGCACUUUCUUGUCUUGCUAAUGAAUUAGGUGUUAAAUUAACAAAAAAAAUUGAAUUUUCAACAUAUCCAUCAAUAUUUACAUUAGCUGAAGAUAAAUAUGAAAAAUUUCAUAAUGAAUCUGAAUCAAAUAGUUUUCAUUAUAUUAAAUCUGAUGAAAUAUAUGAACUUGAUGAAUUUUAUAUUCAUCAACAUAUGGAUAGAUUAAUAUAUGAUCAAAAUUGGAAUGAAUUUAUUCCAUUUAUUCGACGUUUUAUGGCGAGUCAUUAUGAAUUAUUAAGAAAAAAAAGACGAGAAUGUACUUUACCGAAAGUAGGAAAUCCAGUUAAAUAA